AUGACCUCUGAUGGUUCUGAAGCUUCCCCCGUGAGCUGCUCUUCUGAGUCCGGUGCCCAGGCUCCCAGCUGUGCAUCCGCUUCCACCUGUCUCCCCCAACCCAGUUGUCAGACGCCAUGCUUCCUGUCCAGGUCUCACCUGCCCACCGGUUGCCUCACACCCUGCUACUUUGCAGGGAGCUGUAACAGUCCGUGCCUGCUGGGGAGCUGUGCUUGGUGUGAGGAUGGUGUGUUCAACAGCAAUGAGAAGGAGACAAUGCAGUUCCUGAAUGACAGACUUGCCAACUAUCUGGAGAAGGUCCGCAGUCUGGAGGAGACCAACGCGGAGCUGGAAAGCAGGAUCCAAGAACAAUGCCAGCCAGAUACCCCGUUGGUGUGCCCGGAUUAUCAGUGUUACUUCAACACCAUUGAAGACCUCCAGCAAAAGAUCUUAUGCACGAAGGCGGAGAAUUCUAGACUUGCCGUACAGCUUGACAACUGCAAACUGGCCACGGAUGAUUUUAGGUCAAAGUAUGAAAGUGAGCUGUCUCUUCGCCAGCUGGUGGAGACGGACAUCAGUGGCCUGCGCGGAAUCCUGAAUGAGCUCAACCUGUGCAAAUCUGAUCUGGAGGCCCACGUGGAGUCUCUGAAGGACGAUCUCCUCUGCCUUAAGAAAAGUCACGAAGAGGAGGUCAACGUGCUUCGGGGACAGCUUGGAGACCGCCUCAGUGUAGAGCUGGACACUGCCCCCACCGUCGACCUCACCAGGGUCCUGGACGAGAUGCGAUGUCAGUAUGAAACGGUGCUGGCCAGCAACCGCAGAGACGCGGAGGAAUGGUUUGCCCUUCAGACAGAAGAGUUGAGUCAGCAGCAGCAGUCCAGCGUGGAGCAGCUGCAGGGCUGCCAGACGGAGAUGCUGGAGCUGAAGCGAACGGCCAACGCUCUGGAAAUCGAGCUCCAGGCGCAGCAAAACCUGACAGAAUCUCUGGAAUGCACUGUGGCAGAAACGGAGGCCCAGUACAGUACCCAGUUGGCCCAGAUGCAAUGCCUGAUUGAUAACGUGGAGAACCAGCUGGCAGAGAUUCGCUGCGACCUGGAGCGGCAGAACCAGGAGUACGAGGUGCUGUUGGACACAAAGGCCCGACUGGAGUGCGAGAUCAACACGUACCGGGGCCUGCUGGAGAGCGAGGACAGCAGGCUGGCCUGUAACCCCUGUUCUACAACAUCCACGUCAAACAACACCUGUGAGCCGUGCUCAGCGUUCCUCAUUUGCACAGUUGAAAACUGUUGUGCUUGA